AUGACUCCAGUCAAUGCUGUCGUCAAGUCUCGCGCUGCCCCUCGUGCUUCCCCUCGCAAGCGCCAGGCUGCUAGCUCCAGCUUCAAAGACGAAGAGAUGAUGCUCCUCUGGAAGGUGUUCAAGCUGACUGACAAAGAAAUCAGCAUCGCAGCUCUAGCUCAGGAGCUCAACCUUACCGUGGGUGCCUGUCGCAUGCGCUGGCUCCGCCUGAAAGCCAAACUUGAGGGCUUCGAUAAGACAAGCGGAAAGGAGACUGACGCCAAUGUUGCUGCCGCUACCGUCACUACCGCCACCGUUGCUACCGCCGCCGUCGCUGGUCCAGCCGAUCCUGAGACCACCAUGGAGGAUAUUGACGACUGCAAGGAUACUAAGGAGGCUGAGGAGAGUGAGGAUGCCGAGGCUGUCAAGAAUGAAGAGGAUGCGGAGUAA